UUGUUUUGAUCCCCGGCAAAGUGGGGGUUGUUUUCCCUGCAGUAGUACACACACAGAGGCACACGCUGAGAACGGCACGGCACGUGAAUAUUGGCCAGAGGACGAAAGAAAAGCGGUGGAAAACUGGUCCCCCUCCAUCUCGUGCACACGCCACUGAAACAAAGCAACGCAGAAACAAUAGUGGGAAGUGUGGUGGUGUUUACGCGGUCCGUGCAAUCACCAAGUGUGCCAACAUAGCCGGCUUGGAAAAACCAGGACGACGACACCGCCGCACACACUCCGCGUGCUGUUGUGGGUAGCGCAAUAAUCAUCGUCGCCAUCAUCAUCAUCACCGCCGUUCGGGUUUUUCGGGGAACGAAGCGCAUGCUGUCGGUGCCGCGGUGGUUGUGUUGUUGUUCUUCUUGCCAGUUUUUCGGCACCGCACACCGCAACGAGCAUGCAAAAGUGCACCUGCACUCGCGCUCGCGUGUCAAUCCAGUGCAAUCGAACCGUUCGACGCAUUUAGUAGUGCCGUCCCGCUUCGCCGUCACCCUGUCUGGGUCGUCCAAGUAGUUGGACCUUCUUGUCCCUUCUGUCCCUCACUACGUGCUCAUUUUCCUCACUUUCCUUUACUAAGUUGCCGUUUUCCUCCCAUCUCUCUUUCUCUCUGUCUCUCCCCACCCCCAUCGAACCGGUCACGAAAGUGUGCUGCAGUGGGACAUCUAAUUAUCUGAUACGACAAAAAAAGGGUCUCUCUCUCUCUCUUUGAAGUGAAAAAGGUGGCCAUAAAGCGACUGAUUUACCGCACCAUGAUAACGUUCCGGCUGUCGAACAGCGUUUACGCGUACGUGGGCUACCUGCUGCUGAUGGUGUACUUCCUGUGGCCGGGCCGCUUCGCCAGCCUGUACGAGUACAUCGAGGGCGAAAACAUCUACGAUCAGCUGAUACGCAAGACGACGAAAAACAUCUCGCUGAUGCGUAACGGGUUGCGGUGCGACUACAGUGAAGUCAUCGAGGAGAACCUGUCCCUCUACCGGCCCCCCUACACCGAGGACAUCAUCAACAACAAUGUGCGGCUGGGCGGGGAGUACUAUCCGGAGGAUUGCCUGCCGAGCUUCAGCACGGCCAUUAUCGUGCCGUACCGGCAGCGCGAACGGCAGCUCAACCAGUUCCUCAUCUACAUGCACAACUAUCUGCGGAGGCAGCGCAUUCACUACCGCAUCUUCGUCAUCGAGCAGUACGACCCGAAACCGUUCAAUCGGGCGAAGCUGUUCAACAUUGGCGCAAUGAUUGCGAUCGGAUUCGACUACCCGUGCCUGGUGCUGCACGACGUCGACCUGAUGCCGAUGAAUCUGGGCCAUCUGUACGCGUGCUCGCGCAAACCGCGCCACAUGUGCUCGAGCCUGGACGAGUUCCGGUACAAUCUGCCCUACCGGGGCCUGUUCGGCGGGGCGGUAGCGAUCGAGUCGAGCGUGUACCUCAACGUCAACGGCAUGUCGAACAUGUUCAGCGGCUGGGGCGGCGAGGAUGACGAUCUGUACGGGCGGCUGCAGAACAAGCAGAUUGAAAUCUGUCGCUUCAGCCCAACGUACAGCCAGUACUCGAUGCUGAAGCACCGGAAGGAAACGCCGAACAAGGACCGGGUAGCGUUUCUCCGGAACGGCAAGCAGCGCUACCACACGGACGGGUUGAACUCGCUCGUCUACAAGCAGGUCGGCUUCAAGCUGCACAACCUCUUCACGCACGUGCUGGUGGAAACUUAAGUUAGGGAAGGGAACAGUGAAGGUUAAGAGUUAGGAAGGAUUGUUUUUGGUGACAGUUGGAGGUUUUUGCGGGAAAUUCUCGUUCACUGCUUCUACUACUAGUUCCGUUUCCCGUAGGUGUUCAGUUGCAUUCCCUAGCCGCGAUAGGACACAAAUGCAUGCACAACGAUGUAUUAUUUAGUGUUUAGUGAAUUUAGCGAAGCUUUAUUAGUUGUUUCAAGGUUUUAAACAGUCCGUUCGUUUGUUUUUCUACAUUUAAUCGCUUAUUACGAUAGUGCAGAUCGAGGGAGAAGUAAGCUAAUAUUGCCUUAAUAACGACAAAAAAAAGAACGACAUUAAGCAGCGCAUAAUGUUGGAUCGCAAACGUUUUACAAUUAAUUCACGCGCUACUAUUAGCUCCCAAAGGAAGCAGAGCAGGGGAUUAAAUAAGCAAUACCAAAAAAAAGGGAAGAAGAAAUGGAAGCUAACAUUAUUAAAUGCUCCUAAGCGAACAAGCGCAAUUACAAAACACGUGGUGUGUGUGUGGUUCGAUGGGCAAAUCGAAGAGCACGUGUUUCGUUGAGUUUUUCCAAAAUAGCAACACACACACAUACACACCGUUUGUGCUAGCAAAUUACGAGCGCGACUAGAGAUAGAGAACUUUUUCCUAUUUAUUAAUACACCCCUUCCCAGUAGGGUAGCGCACUAGGGCGAGCUAGGGCGAAAGUUACUAGAAAUUAAACAAACAAACAAAACAAAAAAAAACGUAAGAAAAAUCAAACAAAAAAUACAACCUUAAAAAUGCAUAGUUUGUAAGUAGGUACACAGUUUUACAAAUUCCAAUUGAAGAAGCAAAAGAGAACAAAAGCAAAACACCUUAAAAGAGCAUAUAGACUCUUACCCCCCAAUACACACACCAAAAAAAAAGAAAAACAAAA